AUUUUUGUAAUAAGAGUGGGGGAAGACAAACUUCCCGCCAAAUUAAUCUUAUUAUUUAGAGGUUAGAAAUGGCGCAGCGUUCUAUAACAUCUUUUUUUAAAAGAACCACGACAGAGGAUAAAAAUGACUCGAGCAGUCAAAAGAAAAGUGACAAGAUCAUCGAAUCAGCUGAAGACUCUGGAAAAAGAAAGCGGGAUAAUGAAGCCAACACCAGUACUGAGUCUCCACCUGCCAAAAAGUCGGAUAAUAAAACCAAGAAGCCGAGAGCACGGAAAUCUAAAACACCAAAAUUGACAGAAAAAUCUAAAAGCAAAAGCAAAGAGACUUUAAAUAAAUUGUCCUUUGUAAAACAAAUUUCUCCUGAAAAAAAGUCAACAAAUGGAGCAGCGGAUCACGAGAAAAAAGAUAAAAAGCUUCCUAGAAUUUUAAAUUCAGAAUCAAGUGACGAAGAUGGGCAUUUGGCUUUACCUCUUACCCCAGAGGACGCUGAAGAAAUUAAUUCCAGCAAGCUUGAAGUUAAACCUAUAAAUGAAUCUGAGGAUAAAAUUAAAUUAGAAGAAAAAUCUCCUAAAAAGUCUCCAAAAAAAUCUAAAGUCACAGAAAAUGCAGACGAUACAGUAAGUCCUUCAUCUUCGUCAGAUGAAGAAUUGGAACUAAAACCAAAAGCUAAAAAAUUCCGGUCUAAAAUAAUAGACUCAGACUCUGAAUCUGAAUCUAAAGAAUCACCAAAAAAGUCACCAAUUAAAUCUCCAGUUAAAGACAUCCGUAAUUUUUUUUCCAAUUCAUCAAAAAAUAAUUCUACUUUAUCCGAAAAAUCAAAAAGCAAGCUUGAUAAAACUCCUCUAGGAGCUGAUUCAAAAGACGAAGUAUACUAUCGACCUGACAAAGAAAAAUAUCACCCAAUUCUAGACUCUCCUUGGAAAAAAGGAGAGAAGACUCCUUACAGAGCCUUGGCAGCUACCUUGGAAGUAAUCGAGAAAACUAGCUCGCGUUUAAAGAUCGUCGAGAUUCUGUCGAACUACUUUAGGUCAGUCAUAGUGAUCACCCCUGAAGACUUACUGGCGAGUGUGUACCUUUGUUUAAACCAACUAGCGCCAGCUUAUGAAGGAGUCGAGUUAGGAAUCGCGGAGACAACUUUGAUCAAAGCGAUCGCGCAGUGCACUGGUCGGACGCCAGCUCAGAUAAAAGCCGACGCCCAGGAAGCGGGGGACCUGGGGAUAGUGGCUGAAGGGAGUCGCUCUAACCAGCGAGUGAUGUUCCAACCCGCGGCGCUUACCGUCGGGAAUGUCUUCACCAAGCUGAAGGAAAUAGCGCAGUCUACUGGAAACGCGUCGGUGACCAAAAAAGUGGACCGGAUUCAGAAUUUGUUCGUCGCUUGCAGGUUCUCCGAAGCCAGGUACCUCAUAAGAUCUCUGGCUGGCAAGCUCCGGAUCGGCCUGGCCGAGCAGUCGGUCCUCCAAGCGCUGGCGCUUGCCUGUGCAAUGACUCCGCCUAACCAGGAGUACCCUCCGGAGGUUUUGGACGCAAGUAAGAAAGUUUCCAGCGAUGAAUUUAAAAAAAAGUACGAUGAAAUUGCGCUGAUUAUCAAAACUACUUACUGCGAGUGUCCUAAUUACGGAAUGAUAGUUCCCGUCUUGCUGGAGGACGGAGUAGCCGAGCUUCCUAAAAAAUGCAAGCUGACUCCUGGAGUUCCUUUGAAGCCUAUGUUAGCUCACCCCACAAAAGGGGUCCAGGAGGUUCUUAAGAGGUUCGACGGGCUGAAGUUCACUUGCGAGUGGAAGUACGACGGCGAGCGGGCGCAGAUUCACCUGACUGACCAGGGCAAGGCUUAUAUUUACAGCCGCAACCAGGAGAAUAAUACCUCCAAGUACCCGGACAUUAUUGGACGAUUAAGCAACACAAGAGGCGAGAAGGUUCAAAGCUGCAUUUUGGACUGCGAAGCUGUAGCUUGGGACCGUGAGAAAAAGCAGAUUCUUCCUUUCCAGAUUCUCAGCACCAGAAAGCGGAAAGAUGCCAAUGAAGCUGACAUCAAAGUCCAGGUCUGUGUCUUCAUGUUCGACUUGCUGUACUUCAACGGCGAGCCGCUGGUCAAGAAGCCUUUUAAGGAACGCAGGGAGUUGUUGAAGGAACAUUUUAAAGAGGUCGAGGGUGAAUGGUACUUUGCUACCAGUUUGGACACUACGACCAUGGAGGAGGUCCAAGAGUUCUUGGAGGUCUCCGUUAAAGGUAACUGCGAAGGCUUGAUGGUCAAGACUCUUGAAGAAGAUGCUACUUAUGAAAUCGCCAAGAGGUCCAGGAAUUGGUUGAAGUUGAAGAAGGAUUAUUUGGAGGGCAUUGGGGACACUUUGGAUUGCGUUGUCAUUGGCGGGUAUGUUGGCAAGGGGAAACGCACUGGGACUUAUGGAGGGUUUUUACUUGCUUGCUAUGAUCCUGAUAAUGAGGAGUAUCAAAGUCUUUGCAAGAUUGGAACAGGAUUCAGUGAAGAAGACCUUGCAAAACACACAGCAUUGUUAAAAGAGCAUUUGAUACCCUCGCCAAAGUCUUAUUAUCGAUACGAUUCAUCCCACGAGCCAGAUCAUUGGUUUGAACCAACCCAAGUUUGGGAAAUAAAAUGCGCUGACUUAUCAUUGUCACCUGUUCAUCGUGCUGCUGCUGGAAUUGUGGAUUCUGUCAAAGGAAUAUCUCUAAGAUUCCCAAGAUUUAUCCGUGUACGCGAUGACAAAAAAUCAGAGGACGCAACAUCAGCUCAGCAGGUCGCUGAUAUGUACAAAAGUCAAGAGCAAAUAGUUAAUCAACAUUCUGCUUCGACGUUGAAUGAAGAAGAUUUUUACUAAUUUUUUACGCAGCGUAUUUAAUUUUUAUUGAUAAAUCCAGUUUUAAUUGUAAAUGAAUUAUUGGUAAAUUAUUGAUAAAUUUAUUUUCAGAAAUUUUAUUUUUCUAUGUCAUAAACUUUGGAAUGAAAUAAAAUUUUUGAUUUAAUCAAUUUUAAAAUAAAAUAUCUGAAAAUAUAUUUAUGCAACC